CAACAUUCUUGAGAAAUUGCAAUUUAAUUACAAAAAUGGCACAAAAUUCAAUAUUGUUUUGCAUUUUAGCCCUUGGUUUCUUUUUCGGUGUCUCCUACGCCUUCGAUCCUAGCCCACUUCAAGAUUUCUGCGUCGCUGACUUCAAUAGCACAGUGAGAAUCAACGGUCUACCAUGCAAGGACCCUGCAUCCGUCGUAGUGGAUGAUUUCUUCUUCAGAGGGUUCAAUGUAACCGGAAACACAACCAACCCUUAUGGCUCGUCCACGAUCCCCAUGAACGUGGCUCGAGUUCCGGGGCUCAACACGCUCGGCUUGACAGUGGCUCGGCUCGACUACUCGCCAGGUGGCUUCGUGCCACCUCACUUUCAUCCUAGGGGUACCGAAAUCUUGACUGUUCUAGAAGGUUCUCUCGAAGUGGGCUUCGUCACCUCGUACCCUAACUACAAACACUAUAGCAAGGUUCUCGAAAAGGGCGAUGCUUUUGUCAUCCCCGUUGGGCUUAUUCAUUACCAGAGGAAUUUGGCUAAUGGCAAUACGGUGGCGCUUGGUGUUGUGAAUAGCCAGAAUGCCGGUGUAACCGUGGUUUCGAAUGCCGUUUUCGGGGCUAAACCCGCGAUUAGUAGCGAUUAUUUGUCUAAGGCUUUUCAGUUGGAUAAGAAGAUUGUGGAAGAGCUCCAAGCCAAGUUCUAGAUUAUUAUAUUGUUGUAACUUGGCUAAUUAAUUAUUGGAGAUUAAUUAUGAUUAUGUAAUUAGAAGUGUUUAUAAUAGUAAUAAAAUAAAAUAAAUUGAC